GCCGACUCCGGCAGUCGACUCGCGCCCGCUCUGCCCAUCGGCCGCGUCGCGCGCUCUUGUGAUUCAAAAACCGGCCCGAAUGCCGAAGAACCAGUCGGCGGGAUGGCGGGCCACGGCGUGAGCGCUGCGCCAUGUUGAAGCAUGCGCAGCGGCCGCCGGCGGCGAAUGAUGCCGACCACCGUUACCAGAAUAUGCCACGGCGGCCGCACCACCACCUGUCGCUCAACGUAUCCACCCUGGACUCUUCGAAGCAUUCUGUUGGAGGAACCUCCGCGAGCGUUAGUCCUGGUGGACAAGCACCACCAUCUAACAAUGCGCCUAUAUCAGUGGUCGCCUCUAUACCGGUGGCAGCUCAGCCGAAACUUCCCAACGGGAAUGCAUCGGGAGUAUCCCAAACACGGCCUGUCGCGCUUAAAGGCAGGAGCGCUCGAGCGGCGACCGAGGAGGCUCUGACGUCUCUGGCGCUACUUUGCCUCGUCAGCCUGCUCCUGGCGCUGCUCGCGCUCUUGUUCCUGCUGAAGAUCUCCGCUCCGUCGACGAGCGCCCCGGAAGAAUUUGCAGUGGUAUACGAAGUGACGUUAGCAUUGUGUGCGUUGACAUUGUCAUUGAAUUUAUGCUGUCUCCUGGUGUGUGCAAUACAGUUCCUGUUCGCGGUGAAGUUGGUGCAUUCACCUUCGGCGCCGAACGGACGGUCAAACAAGUACCUGCAGAAGUCUGCAAUCACGAGGGUGUGCGCGGUCGGAGGUUUUUUUAUAUCAAUACCAGUAUUUUUAACAGGGAUAAUACUGUACACAUUCAUCCAAUUCCAUUCAACGCCUGCGAUAAUCACCUCAGUAUUUAUCGGAGUGGGCAUAAUCUUCUGCGGCUGCGCAAUGGUCCACAACGUCUUCGUAUGGCAGAAAGAAAAAACCAACUUAGUCAAAGCAUUUAGAAGUGACAUAAACAACACGACAACGCCUUUAAACACAUCGAAUGGAGUCCUACUGAGCAACGGACAUAUAAAUAAUAAUUUAGGUGGAAAUAUGAGCUUUCAUAGCAUGGGGACCGGGCCUUACACUCAUCCUAUCACGUUGUUACAGCAGGGUGGACCUUAUAUUAUUAGGCCCCCAACUAGCACCCCUCCAGGUGAAGGCGCGGUGACCCCAGGCGUGCCUCCAGCAACGAUAGACCUGAGUCAUGACACGCACGAGCUCAGCACCCUGGUCUGAUCCGCGACGUGACGCGACCAACGGUCUGACACACAACGAGAAACAGA